CACACACCCAAACACCCCCUUUCCUGUCACAACAAGAAGUUUAAAUUCCACAUUUCUUGAGCAUGCUAACCAAGAAAACCUAGUUUCGCUUUUGUACUCUCUUUACCACCUUCAUUUAACAAAAGAAAAAAGGAUCUGAAAACGUCAAAGCCCAAUUUAACAUUUCGUCUUGUCCUCCAUGGAAAAGCAACCAAGUGAACAGGAAGGAAACGAAGGAAGCCAUAAGAAAGCAGACAUGGCAGGAUCAGAUGCUAAUAAGGAGGAAAAGUUGCCACCAGGUUUUCGAUUCCAUCCCACCGAUGAAGAACUAAUCACUUUUUAUCUCUUAAACAAGAUCGCAGAUGCCACUUUUACAGGCAGAGCAAUAGCUGAUGUUGAUCUCAAUAAAUGCGAGCCAUGGGAACUUCCAGCAAAGGCAAAGAUGGGAGAAAAAGAGUGGUAUUUCUUCAGCCUUCGAGAUCGAAAAUACCCAACCGGUGUGAGAACGAACCGAGCAACAAACACAGGUUACUGGAAGACCACAGGGAAAGAUAAGGAGAUCUUCAACAGCGUUACAUCAGAGUUGGUAGGGAUGAAGAAGACGUUGGUUUUCUAUAGAGGGAGAGCUCCAAGAGGAGAAAAAACAAAUUGGGUCAUGCAUGAAUAUCGCAUCCACUCCAAAGCUGCAUUUAGAACUUCCAAGGAUGAAUGGGUAGUUUGCCGUGUGUUCCAGAAGAGCGCAGCAAAAAAAUACCCAACAAGCCAAUCAAGAACAGUAGUGAAUCCCUACAACCUAGAAAUAGGUUCCAGCGUAGUAGCAUCACAAUUGAUGCACCUUGGAGAUCCAUCUCAGUUCCCAUAUGGAAGAAACUACAUGACCAACCCGCAAGAACUCGCCGAGCUUUCAAGGGUCUUCAGAGGCGGAUCAACUUCCGGUUCAAACCUAUCCAUACCAUCUCAGCUUAACUACCCAGUUGGAGGAGGAUACUUCACCAUGUCAGGCCUAAAUUUGAAUCUCGGAGGGGGAACACCGUCGGCACAGACUGCUUUCCGUCCGGUGGUACCUCAGCCUCUGACAGCGCCGCCUGCUGCUCCAUCGGCUAUGAACCACCAAGAUGUUACGUCAUCCCUGUCCAUGAUGACUAGUGGUGGUGGUGGUGCUCAGCUUGCCGUAGAAACUGGUUAUGGAAAUGGUACGGACAUGAACAAUGUAGCAACUGGACAUGCUGGUAACAGAUACAUGAACGUUGAGCAUUGCAUGGAUCUUGAUAACUAUUGGCCUGCCUAUUAGGGUUCGAGAAAAGUCUAUGCAUGGACGACCAAUUAAAUUAGAUAAAAAGCUUUUAUAUAGUUUUGGCUUUAUUUCAACUCCUAAAAAGAGUUUCUGUUUUAAGUUUUAUAAUUAGAUCCUUUGCUUUUUAUUAAUCAUUGGCAAUUAUAAUUAGGUUUUUCAACUUUCUUGUUUGAUUGAGUAGAGAUGAAUAGAAAAUGGUAAGCACAAGUUCAAGCUUACUUAUAAUCUUCUCUAGUCAACUACGUCAUCUAAAAUUAAUACGAUUAAUUCUUCAUUCUGAUUUCCGAUUGAGAAACUUACAAAGAAUGCUACAUACGAGCACUAAUUAGCGGCCGCCAUGGAAGAGUUAGGUAGGUAGAUCAUGAAUUUAUAAUGAGACGUUUUUUGGGUAACAUAAAGAAUAAUCAAUAAAAGUGUGGCCGAUGCUUGCACAGGGAAAAUUUUGCUCUGACAAGGAAUAAUUGUCUUUACUUUUUUGCUCUCCUCUUUAUCAGAAAUAUUUUUUUUCUCCUAAAAUUUCAACAUAAGCCAUCCAACAUGAAGCGUAACCUACUGAAAAUAAGCAUUAGAUGACCAUCCGCAUGGUUCUCUCCAACUAAAAGUUCAUCCCAAAACUUGGGUUCAUAUGAGAAAAACAGUGAUGCUCAACGUGAAGCUUUCAUCAUCAUUUAUUAUUAUCGAAAAUCAAACUCAUUAAGAACACACCCUUCCUUACAAUUUCUAAUCUUUAGUUUACUUCUUUUUCAGAAUAACUCUCAUAAAUUAUAAAUUCUUUAUAUUGAAAUAGAAAUACUAGCACAACAGAUAUUUAUGGAUUCAAUAACAAAUGAGCAUCUAAGCCAAAACCCAAACCCUUGUCCUAUGUAUCAUAUAAAAAUAAAAAAUAAAAUUACACCUUUAAAAAACAUAAAUUAAGAAAGAAAAAAAAAAAAAAACUCAGGAACUUCUAAACCUCAUGAUAUGUCUAACCAAGUACGUGACGAAGUUUCUAAAAUUUUCUUCACAAAACGAGCAAAAAGUAGCUGAAGAGGCUUUAGAAACAGCAGAGUUAAUUGACAAAAAACUAACAGCCUGGAGGAGCCUUGCUAAAGCACAAAUCCCACC